AUGUCCGAAUCUCCAACGCAGCAUCGACAGCUGGUGCCGGGACCUUCUCCCCUAAAUGAGAGAUCCUCCCGCGAGUCUUUUACAGAGGAGCGCCGGGGUUCCCUGGAUUCCACCAAGAAGCGCGUGUCUAUGGCAUGCACGGCGUGUAAAAAAUCAAAGCGGAAGUGCUCCGGUACACGACCAUGUGACAACUGCCGCGCAUUUGAUCGAGAAUGCAUAUUCGACGAGACACUCGACCAGAGGCGCCGGGUAGCAGCGAGGCGGACGGCCGACGAACUGAACUACCACCGCGACCUGUUUAACGAUCUUCUUAGGGUUCUACGAGCAGAAGACCGGUCUCAUACUGCAAAAAUGCUAGAUAUCAUACGCCGCGAUGCGACAAAUGAAGAGUUACGCACAAAUAUCGACCAGAUACUUGUCAUCACUGGUGGAAAGGUGGAAGAGAGCGAACAGACUGUCCGUAAACUCGAGGAUAUACGGUCCUCCUUGACCGAGGGUGCGACACAGUCAUGGCGGCCCCAGGUUAUGGAUAUUCAUUAUCUGUGCGACGAAUUGCCCUUCCGGGUUCCUGCACAACCGUGGACGAAUGUCACAACAAACUCUGAUCUCGUCUCGCAUCUUGUGUCGCUGUACUUCACGUGGGACUAUCCAUCUCACUCCUUCUUGGAUCGUGAUGUGUUCCUUAGGCACAUGGUCCUCGGAGAUUUGAAUUCGGAGCUUUGCAGUCCGUUCCUUGUCAAUGCACUGCUUUCCAAUGCAUGCCACUUUUCCAACUACUUGGAGGCCUAUACCAAACCGGGCGAAAUCGCGACCAAAGGAGAUGAUUUUUUAGCAGAGGCCGAGCGGUUGAGAGACGAGGAGCCAGCAAAGAUAACACUGACUCACUUACAAGGCCUUUUGUUGUUAUAUGAAAAGUACUCUCUUUCUGGAAAGAAUGAUCUCGGAUAUAAAAUGCUACACGAAGCAAUCUGGACCGGGCAGAACAUGGAACUUGUUGGCAACAGAAGACCCGAAUUCCCCACGGAUAGCAAUUUCUCGGGGGAUAUGGAAGCAUCUCUAAGGCAAACUGCCUGGGGUUUGUUUCACAUUGAUACCGUUGUGCACACCGACUUCUUACGGGCCAGUCUGAUCAUGUAUGUCUACAAAAGGCGGCCUGACAAACGUGAAGAGACAGCAUUCUGGUGGCCGUACCCCACUCACCAAAGCCUGCAGAAGUCGUACCUCGUUGAAUACCUUGACAUGUCGUACGAUCUGUGUCUGAUCGCGCGAGACAUGUCCCAGAGUCUUUUCAGGAUUGAUAGGAGAAGGCCUUCCGCAGACGAACAAGUCAGGGUUAAAGAUUAUUUCUAUGAGAGACUGCGUACUUGGGGCGACGCACUGCCUACUACUUUCACUAUUGAACACGAACCACCGCCAUACGUCCUUUUGCUGAAGAUGCGGUAUCAUACCCUCGUUAUCAAUCUCUUCCUAUAUCACGAUGAGGAUGAAAUACUAGGAAGUACCACAGGGGUCAUGAAAACCCCCGAAAGCCCGACAACCCCCAGUCCUUACAAUAAGCGCAACAUCACCCAGUCAGCCGCCAGGGCAAUUGCCGUCCUUACGCGCCAGUACCGGCGAGAGUUUGGUUUGGCUUACGCCCACCAUUUCGCCAUCUACGCCGUUAAUCUGGCCUUAUUCGUGCUGGUGGAGCAGUGCGGCACAUUUGACAUACUUGAUAGUGACUUCCUGUCCCUUGCAAGCGCUUACUCUAGUAUGGCCAGUCGGUCCCAUAUAGGACGGAAUAUGUUUCAUCUCUUCCGGCAAAAUGUCCGCGCCAAAUGCCAAGGAAGCCGACUGCGCCAUUCCAAUACAGUAAUUGAGGAGGUCAAGACACUGUUUGACGAGGAGUGUACGUCGCCGUCGGUUUUCGACGAGUUUUCUGAUGGCCUAGAAAAGUUGGAUGCGGACGAGCGAUAUCGCGUGCUCGGCGCGCACCGUUUGUCUGAUAUGCUUGAUCGAUACGAGACUCUAAGUCUCGGUAAGGACGAAAUCGCGCUUGGGAGGUGCUUUGAGCGCCUCGCUGCGGGAUAG